AUGGAAGUCCCCUUGCGGCGCCAAUUUGGACUGCCAUGUACUCUGCGCUUCAGCAUGCUUCUCAUGCUUGGCCUCACGCUGCGGCAAGACGAAGACAUUGAGUCGUUGACCGCAGACCAGUACGCACUGGAACAUCGGAAGAGCCGGAAACAGCAUGGAGAGCGAAGACUCCUCGAUGAAAAUUGCAAACAGCCUGCAAAGAUGGCCAGCGACAAGGAGGAGGAGGCGAUCAGAAGCGAGUGUGGCAGCUGUGCAGCACCUGACUUGGCGUGCAUGGCGAACUGUACAUUCAACGUUCGAGUGCAGCACUACAAGUCUGGCUUGGAACAGAUCGCAACUGGGGAGAGCUUACCUGAUCUUGAGAAAUGCCUUGUCCAAAUCGAGCUCCCCAUACAGACCAAGAGCGGGGAAACAAAGGAGCUGAAACACCACGGAGGUCAGAACGUUCAGCAGCUUUGUGUUGCAGCUUCGCGGCAUUUGACUGACAAUUUGGAGUUCCAUAUGGAGGAGGAGAUUUGCGACGGGGUGCCCGGGCAGGAUGGUGUGGACUUCGACUGCUCGGCCGCCGCAGAAAUUGCGGAGGAGCGCAGCAUCGACGUGGUCUUGGGAGAUCAGCGAAUCGAGGAUUUGACCAGGGAUAUCACCACGGCCGGGAGGGCCGCAAUCGAUGACAUGUUGUCGCCUUUGGAGGGAUGGCAGAGAACAGGUGCGGCGUUGGUGAGUGGCAUGGCCAACCUCGCAAAUCUCAGGAAGAGGAAAGCCGAAGCCAGCGCAGGCUCAGAGGAGGGCCUCGGGCUGGCGGACUUUGCGGACCCAGAGCUGAUCCUUGGGUUUCUGGUCGCUGUGCCACGCUACGUGCUCUCCACGGCGCUAAAGGCGCCGACUCUCUUGGCGGGCCUCGUGGCUUUCUACCUCGCUUGCGCGGUAUUGCCAAGUGGUAUUCUCGGUGAUCUCAUCAUGAUAGCAGCCGAGGCCGUGCUCUUCCGCGUCAUCUUGCAGGUCUUGCUGCGCGAUCGGGACUUGAUCCUGGCCGAGAACAUCAAAAAAGUCUGCCAGAAGAAGGAUAGCGGAUCAAUCGUUGCUGUGCUCGGUGCCGCUCACUGCAACGGCGUGCGAAGGCUGCUGCUGGAGGGCCUGCCGGAGAACCAGCUCGACGAUAUGAAAGAUACGGAAGAGGAGAGUGGCAGAUUGCCGAGCCGUGUAGAGAUUGUGAUCAAGUGCCCGGUUUCAAGGGCUUGCAAUGGGACUCCAAAGCGUGCCAUCAUGGCCGAGUACUCACCUGUUGGUCUGGCUAUCAUUGCCGGGAUCAUGGCUUGUGUUGUCCUGUUAAAUGGUUACUUCUGGAAGCGCUUCGUGGAUGCCGAGGAAGUCCGGCAACAUUUGCAGGAUGGGACAUGUGAGAUUGUGUCCCCUUCGCAUUAUAGCUCCGGUUGGAAAUCAGGAUGGGAGUUUCCAAUCACCGGGCCCUCUUGGACUGAUGUGCCCUGCAGCCUGAAUCUGAAAGUCAAAGCUGGGGACGAAGAGAUCGCGGGGAAGACCAGCCUCCACUUCACUUACUGGCAAGGGAUCGUCUGGGACUAUGUGCAGGACAGUUGCUCGAAGCUCAUCCCCACCAAGGCUGACAAGCCUUUUGAUUGCGCCUAUCUCCUUGGCGAGCAUGGUGGCCUCUCCAGGGCAUAUGUCGGCAACUUUCGAGACUUGCCCCGCUUGCCGCUGCUCUUUCUCAUGAAGGCCUGCGGGCUUUCCGCCUUGACUCUCGGCCCCUUUCUGUCGUGGACCCGACUCUUUCAAGCCGGCUUUCCGACUUCGGCUGAUAUGCAUUGGAACGGCUCGGGGCGCAUCCCGUGCGUCCGGGAGCCCAGUACGGCUGCGGCAGGUAAAGGCGAAGGUUUCAUCACUUGGCUUGCUUUCCGACUCCUGGGCGAGAGGUCGUUCCAGAAGGCUCGCAGCGAAAUAGCCAUUGCCAUUGUAUGCUCCCGGGGAGGGAUAGCAGUCAGUGAUCAGAGCAUGUCGGAAAGGCCCGUCACAAACAUCACCUGGGCUACGAGAAUUUCCGGAAGGUGCCUGGGCAAGGGAAAGGAUGCGAGGAGUCAUGAUGCGCUCCUGUUCGCCGUCUUUGUUGUGGACUCCUUGCAGCUCCAUGCGCCCUUCGACCACAAGGAGCGGCAUCUUGCAGAGACCAGGUCAAAGUGCCUGGAGACCGGCCGGCGAGAGGAGCAGCUCGCGAAGAGACUCCGGCAGUUCUUAAACGUUCUGGUCGGGAUCAGCGUGGGCAUUGCGGCCGUGCUUGUGAGAUACGGCUGCGAACUUCUGGGCGGUCGGCGGCGGGAGGCUUUCCUCCAUCUCUUGGAAGGCAAGCGGUCAUGGGACUGGGAGUUCGCGGGAGCCGUGUCGGUGGCAAUGGGUACGACUGCAGGCUUCGCCUUGUUGGCGACAGUAUGCGUCCUCCUCGUGCCACAAAGUUCCGGCUCGGGGAUUCCAGGAGUCUUAGCCUUCUUGAACGGCGUUGACCUGCAAAGCUCCCUGCGUGGCCCGGUCCUCGUGGCCAAAGCGCUGGGCACCGUCCUUUCCGUAGGUGGUGGGCUGGCAGUGGGGCCAGAAGGUCCGAUGGUUCACAUAGGUGCCAUCGUGGGCAUGCUGGUUUGUCGACGUAUGGUUGCACCGGCACUGCGCCGUUUCGGACCGCUGUCCCGGCGUGUGGAGGAUGAGCUCUCACGACAACCCUUGCGCUACCAUGUACAGGCGGCCGUUAUGGGUGCCGGAGCGGGAAUCGCUGCGGCCUUCAACGCGCCGUUAGCAGGAACUGUAUUUGUCGUGGAGGAGGCAGCUUCCUUCUUCUCUAAGCGCCUGUUGCUCCACUCCUUCAUCAGCUGCGCUUUUGCGGUUUUGACGUCGAACGGGCUUUCCGAUUUGAUGGGCUUGCCCGGUGAGUCUAUAUACGAGCGGACUGCAGCCUGUCUGCGGAAAUCGUCAUGGCAAUCCUGGGUCCGCUACAGCUGGAUGCCAGUCCAUGUCGCGGUAGUUGGAGUGCUUUGCGGAUUGCUGGCAAUUCUCUUCAAUCGACUGGUCGUCAAGCUGAGCGUCUACUUCAUGCUUGAGGCACAGCGUUUGGGCCGCGGCCGUGCGCUGUUCCUGCGCCGGUUCGUCUUCUCCCUCCUUGUUGGCGCGUGCUGUGGGGCCUUCGCGAUCUGCUUACCGCACUCGCAACCUUGCACCGAGUCCAGCCUUCAGAAUGCUUUCCACGGCAGCAGCGGCUGCAUUCUGGAGGACUGGCUCCACCAGUUGGUCACUGGCUCCCGCACGGUGAAUUCCAGCCGCAUCAACCCAGAGGUGCGCGACGACAAUCCGAUGAACCGCACCAUGAGUUAUGUGCCACAUCCAGGUCUCUUCGGCAUCCAAUAUGAUCCGCUGAGCUGUCCCGAUGCGAUUCUGCUCAAUCCGAACUGCAGUGUCAAGGGCAUUGAGGAGAUGGUUCACACGAAACGGCCGAACGAAUACUGUUGCGGAUUUCGGACACAAGUGGAGCUGCAAGCAGGAAAGUUUUUCAACUCCACUCGGCCAUGGGCGCCCUUGGAUAUGGGGCAGAACUGGCCUGCGGCCUCCUGUGACAGCUUGAAUUGGAACGAAGAGAACAAGAUCAUGAUGAACUACUACAGCCCAGGGGCGGCUCUGACGCUUGUGGCGCCGACGCAUGUGGUGCGAAAUCUGUUGGUGCGUGGUGCGCCCAUGGUGCUGCCCCUGUCCACCGUGCUGUUGUUCUUGGUUUUUUUCUUCGUCCUGGCAGCCUGCAGCGCCACCGCCUGGAUGCCGGGAGGUCUGCUUGUUCCGAUGAUGUGCAUCGGUGCGGCCGCGGGUCGACUCUACGGCAUGUGCUGGCACUGGAUGCUUGGAUUAACGACGGGAGCCGGAGUAUGGCCGCCCCCUGCCAUCCCGUGGAUCCCCGAGAUUCAGCAGCUCCUGGACUUCUGGCAUCCCAAGUCCGCAACCGUGGACGUCGAGCCGGGCAUCCUGGCCUUCGCAGGUUGCGCCGCCUUCCUGAGCGGCAGUGGCUCCCUCGUGAUGUUUGUCUUGGUGCUGCUGUUGGAGGUGUCCCUAGAGCCCUUCAUGAUCCCGGUGAUCUUGAUCUCGGUCUUGGCAGCACGCAGCACUACAUCGCUUCUGAAGUCACAUGGCCUCUACCACGAGCUCAUGAACGUCCAGUCCUUGCCUUUCCUCGCGGAAGCAGCCCACUGGCGACAAGGCCACUACACGGUCGAAGCCUUGCUUUGGGAAGAAGCGCGCACACAGCGGCAGGUUGCAAAUGCGCCAAGUGCUGGCGGCAGUGAACAGCUCCGGACCUUCACUCGUGAUGCCGACGACCAUCCGGAAGUGCGCGAGUUCCCGGAGAUCAUUUCAAUUUCGAGGACAGCCACAGAGAACGAGAUCACAGAAGUGGUUCAGCGACGACUGCCUGGAGACGAGACAACUCUGGUGAACGGCUUUCCGGUGACUGGACCUGCUGGGCAGCUUUGCGGCCUCGUCACGCGAGAGGCGCUGAUGGGCCUGCUUGCGCAAAACCACCACAGCGCUUCGACAGAGAGCUCACAACGACCACGCUCAGGCGCAACGCUUCUUCGAAUUGCUUCCUCACGCCUUCUUUGUGCGUCGUGUGUGUCUUCUGGGCUUUCAGCAAGCCGAUUGCGAUCCCCCUGCCAUGGAAAACAGAGUAGUGAGAGGCACUUUGGCCCAAAAGGUCCCCACUCCUAA